UUUGGUGCACGGGCGGGAAGUUGAAACUACAAAUAUUUCAAAACAUUUCUGUUUGUUAUCAUUAGAGUCGCGAUAGGUUGUGGAAGGCUUUUAUCUAGCUAAGUAGGUUUGAAUAUGCAGGAAAUCAAAUACUAUAUUCUAGCAAACGUAUAGAAGGUCCUUUUGUGGCCAACUUUAGCUAGCUCGGCUUAACUGGCUGAUAAUUAGCAUGGCGGAUAGAAAUCUGGUGAAGGAGCUGAAACGCUGGGCAACAGAGGAAUUUAAUCUUCCCCCGGACAGUCUUCCCAAUGACAACUAUUUGAAAACGCUUUGUGUUGGUACUGGGAAGUCAAUAUGGAAAUAUAUGAUCCAACAUGUUUUCCACCAGAGGAAUGUGAGGAUCAUGCGUGGCAAUCUUCAGUGGUACAAAGUACUACAAGACAAAGAGGUGACAAAGGCUGAAUGCCAAAGUGAAGCAGCAAAGCGGAAAGAGCUUCAAGCGAAAAUAGAGCAGAUGAGAGCUGAGAUCAGCCACCUGGACUCUCAGAUCAGAGGAACGGAGGAACAAGUGGCCUCACAGGAGCAAUCUCUCAAUGAUAUCUGGGUCCAAAUAGAGGAGAACCAGACCCGGGAACUACUUCUGAAGGCAUUCAGUCAGCGCAGCAACUUCAACCGUAAAGUCCUCCUUGAUGAUGUGCAAAAGAUAAGCAGCCACUGCCUAGCACUCAAGCAGAUUGCCAGGAAAGCUGAGUCUGAGGUGCUGUUUGGGGAGGAGCCCUCCAGCAACGUGGUUGAUGAUAGCCUUAGCUCAAAGGCGGCAGCAGUGCCUCAGGUCCUGCGUGAUCUGAGAGAGCUGAGUGAAGAUAGGGUCCACUUCUUUCGCUGUUUACAGGAGAAUGAAAUAAAAAUGCAGCGUUCUGCCCCCAAAAGCAUGACUCAUGAACAGAGGACAGCUGUGUUUCAAUAUUGGCUUAGUACGGCUGAGAAAGUGUUAAGUAGUUACCCUCCAAGCCAUGUCCUCUCAGCACUGCAGCAUCUAGCUGUAACAGAGCAGAAAGCUCUGCAGGACAAACUAUCCUCUUUGGAUGUUAUGCAGGACAUGGCAACUCUGCGAUUUCGAUUUGAAAGUGAUCAAGUUUUGGAUAUCUCAGCAGAGGAAUGUGAUGAGUUACCUCCUGUUAAGUCUCUCCUGGAUGCCGCUUGGGAGGAGGUCCAGCAGAGCUUGAUGGAGCUGUCCCAAACUCGCUCCAGGGUCCAGCAACUCAAACAUCUGUUGAAGGCCCGUAAAGAGGAAGCUGAACAAGACAUGUCUGGUAUUGCAGAUGAGAACAUCAAUGAAGGUUUAGCACUGUUGGUACUGCAGAUGGAGCUGCAGUGUGUGAUGCAGACAGCAGCUCGGGAUCAUAUCCGAGAUCGCUGUGUUCAGCUUGACCAACAUGCAAGAAACCGUCAGGAAGCCCUACAGGAUCUUCACAGCCAGUGGCAAAGCAUUAUGGAUUUCCGAGAACUAGUGGCUCUAAGACAGGAGCAGUUGAGAGGUCUGAUUAAAGGAAACUCAUCCGCUAAGUCACAGCUGAUUAGUCUUCAUAAAGAGUUGCAGGAGUUUAUCGAGGUUAAGCUUGUGCCACAAUUUGAGGAUAUAGUGGCUGCAGCUACCAGUCUACGAAACUCUGUUUCCAAGGAGGCAAAGCAGUUUGGAACAGUUUCAGUUCUUGCUCUGGACCGCAGGACUAUGAAUGGAACGCAGAGAGUUCCUGCAUCUUGGUUGUCCAUUCACCGCUUGCAGGCCCCACAGUUCAAUAGCUUGCGUCAAAGCCUAGCAUUCCCCUUGUAUAAGGCUCCAGAGGAGUUGUGUUCCCAGCUGCGAACCCAACAACUUGAGCUACGUUUUCUGAGGGAGUUGCUGCUGCUUUAUUCAGCCACACUGCAGAAAGUGGAGAAGGACUCUGAACAACUACAUGCACCUGAUCAAAAAGCUUUGCUGUCCAAAGUCAGGGAUGAGGAUCAAAAGCUUCUAAAAUCAUUGCUACCAAGAGCCCGAGGUCUCACCCACCACUGUGCCCAGGGUCUUUCUUAUGGUGCCCAAGUUAAGACCGCCAUCUCUUACUGGUGGGACAAACCAGCCCAGCGUGUUCUUCCUGAGCUCAGAAAAGGAGGACUGACUUUCCAACAGUGGCUUCAGAGAUGGAAACUUGCAGCGAAAGCUUCAUAGUUUUAUACCUUAGGGGUUUUUCAUAGAAACCGCACUGCAUUAUUCACCUUUUCAUAUACCGGUACAUAAUAACAUUGUAAAAUCAAACUGAAAUGCAAAUAAAGUUCAUUUU